AUGAGCGAGCAGCGCCCUCCUGGUGACAAUGACGGCAGUAGGACCGCGCAGCGCCGUCGCCGGGCAGCCUGGCGUUUCAGGCGCCGCCAAAAUGCGAUCCAAGCCGCCACCGAGCACGACGCCCGCGUCACCGCAUUGAUAGCGCGCGCAGUCCAACAGCAGGUCGACCAAGAGGGUUUUCUUCCCUCCGCUGAGCGUGAUGCUCGUGUCGCCACACUUACUGUGGGCGUAGUCCAUGCGCGAUUGGCUACGCUGGCUUUCCCGCGGGACGAGCGGGUUCAGCCCCGUAAGGGCAUGCGACAACGCCGCGGUGCCCCUCGGGCCUGA